UAACAAAAAAAAAAGUCAAUUGAAAAAAUAAAUUAUGUCAUUAGCUAUUGAAUGCGGUGCCACACAUACAGUGGCCAUCUUUGUAGAUGAAAAUGAAACCACCAAUGAAGACAACAAUAACAAAAAGUCGGACAAUAAGACAACUAAACAACAGAUGAAACGAUUUCAUUUCGGUGCCGCAAACUAUAAGCUAUUAAAACCAUUACAGUUGGAAGCGUUUCUCCAGGAGAUCAAGUCGACCACUGCUGGCUAUACCAUCCAGAGGAUUGCCAUCGGAAUGCCCGGCAUUAUAGCUGAUCCCGACAAAAAGGCUUUAAGCAGAGUUGUUAGCAAAGUUUGGCCAAAUCUAAGCCAUGUUUGGGUCGGCAACGAUACGGACACAGCUUUAGCCUGUAUUGACGACACAAAAUAUGCUAUCAAAUGUAUAGUCAUAUCGGGCACUGGGUCGUGUUGUUACGGAAACAAUGGUCACAAAACGGUCAAAAUUGGAGGACACGGACAUAUAAUUGGCGAUAGGGGUUCUGGAUAUGCUAUCUCUCAUAUGGCAUUGAGAGAGGCUUUAAAAGAUUUUGAAUACAAUCACUACUCCACUGAUACUACUGAUACUAACGGUGACACUCAAGAUAAGGCUCACGAAGACAAGGAUAUACUAUUGAAUUGUUUACUAAAACAUUUGAAUCUGAAAUCCGUCUACGAAUUGGUCGGCUGGAGUAUCGUAGCCUCGAAGGCCGAAUUGGCCGACUUGGCUCAUGUAGUCAUCCGGCAGUUUACUAUUGGCAAUCGUAUUGCACGUCAGGUUAUCGAACAGGCCGUCGACGAUCUGGUCAACGAUAUCAAGUGCCUGACUAGUCAGCUGAGGAGGAAUGUCAGCAGCCAUAGCCAUGACAGCACCAAUGAGUCCAUUCAGAUUGGAUUUACUGGUAGUCUAUUGACACGGAGUGAAAUAUUUUCCAAACUAGUACUACAAAAACUGAAACAAAAUGUCAAAAAUAUUGAUGUACUAGUGCUGAGAGAUACAGUAAUGGGUGCCUUGAAAAUGAUUAGUCCAACUAAUCAGGACAUUGGCGAUAGUGGUCUACAAAACGGUGAUUCAGUUGUUAAUCAUAUGUCUAGAGAACAGUUGGAACAAUUGGUUCUGCCGGUGGCCACAUCGCUAUCGUUGACCGAACAGCGAAACCAGAGAUCCAGAAAUUUGCACGAAAUGCCUGUCGCGGAUGCAAUUGAACUGAUGAUCAGCGAAGAGACGGAAAAAUUUCAGGCAAUUGGCCAACAAAUUAAGUCAAUCGAAGUGUUAGUCAAUAGGAUAACCGAAUCGUUCAAAAAUAAUGGCCGACUAUUCUAUGUCGGCUCAGGUACUAGUGGCCGGUUAGGUAUACUCGAUGCCAGCGAAUGUCCGCCAACUUUUUCCUGUCCAUCAUAUCUAGUUCAAGGUAUUAUAGCCGGCGGUAACAAAGCUAUACAUACGUCAGUCGAAGGCGCCGAAGACUCGAUCAUCGAUGGUAUCAAUGCUAUCGAUGAUAAACAUAUUACCGAUAAGGAUGUUGUCAUAGGUAUUGCCGCCUGUGGUCGGACACCAUUUGUUUGGGGCGCACUGUACGCGGCCCGCAAUCAUAAAGCCUAUACAUGUCUACUUUGUUUCAAUCCGAACAUCCAGUCCCGACUCGACCUCGAUCUAGUGAUAGCUGUACCGACGGGUCCCGAAAUUCUGACCGGCAGUACCCGUCUGAAGGCCGGUUCGGCUACCAAAUGCAUACUGAAUAUGUUAACAACACUGUCGAUGGUCCAGUUGGGCAAAUGUUUUGAAAAUCUAAUGGUCGACCUCAAGCCAUCCAAUGAUAAGCUCCGGGAUAGAGCCUUACGGAUCAGUUUAAUACUAUUGAAUGACAAUCAGGUGUCAGAUAGUGAUGUUAAACAAUGUUUAUUGAAAAACAAUUAUGACAUCAAAAAGACAGUCAUUGAGUUAAGACAAACCAAACAACCAAUUAUUGCUUAA